CUGCCAUUCAAAUCGAAGCAACGACACAAAAAACCUAGAAUAUAGUGUGUACACACUGGCCAAUUAAAAACUAAAAUGUGUGCAUGUGUGUGUGUUGUGCAACACUGGGCAUUUAAUUGGCUUUCGAAAUGGAGCAGACGCAACCGAAGAAAAAGUGCAAAAAGAAGCGGCGACCACGUUGCCUCAUCUUUGACAUGGUGGCCUUGCCACCGCAUCCAUCGACGCGACCCGAAGACAAUGGCGCCUUGUUUCGUCGCAUAUUCUUGGAAGUGAAAAGGCCGUUCGAGAAGCGUCUGAUGAUCCAGGCUAUUUUCAAUGGACCCUGCGAUCCAGCCUUCCAUUCGCUUGUCAGCCAAUUCGCUCACAGCGCAGCGACAGCGGAUGCUGAGCUUGCCGCUCGCACCCCGCAAGAGGCGGCCGCCAUAAAGGCGGCGGCAUUGCGGGCAGCGGCUGAGGAGGAGGCAGCGGCGAGCAGCACAACGGACAGCGAAGCGGAAUCCGAAACGGAUAGCGACGAAGAUACGAGCUGCAAAUAAUGCAAAAUAAAAGAUUCAUGCUAAACUGCGACUUUCAAGUCGUGUUGGCAACACUGCACACCGAACAUCGAACACUGAACACUGAUUGAUAGAGCGUAAAUCGCAAUGGGAGCCCAUAACAGUUAGUCAUUUGAUAUCGCAAGUUGGCCGCAUGCCAGGCACAGCACAGCAUGCUGCCUACGGUAGAGGGGCAUGGCGGGGGGUAGCCGCA